AUGAACUAUCCAGGAGUAGUUGGUUAUAUGGAAAUCCAAAGAUAUUCUCACAGCCAAGUCCUGGAAAGAACGACCACUUUUGGCAACAGCAUGAUGAAUUUUGGAAGUAAAUUUUUUAAGGAUCUUGAAGAAAUAGGGAUUUCUUUGAAUCAUCUCAGUUUUGGGCACAAUGUGCUGAACUCUCAAUAUGAAAUUCCUGGAAGUGGUGAAUGUACUGAGCAUGUUCCUUGUCAAGAUGUGGAAAGGGGGACCCCUCAGGACACCUGGCAAGAAAUCCAUAUGAGGGAAACACAGUUGGGUAGAAGAAAUGAAGGUCUUUUUGUAACCCAGGAACAAAAGACACAUAACAGAAAAGGGAUAUACUUUCAUCCCAUGCCAAAUGAUUCACAAAGGCUACUAGAUUGGCCUUUGUCUGACAAAGCCCAACAAGCUGCUCUUUUCUCAGAGGGAAAGGAAACCAUUAAAGAUGGACAGGUAAAAGAUCUUAAGGAAAAGAAAGACACAGAUAUCAUGCUUCUUGGCAGUUCUCAACUUCAAAAUUAUAGCAGUUUACCUGCAAAAGAAAUCAAAUGGCAGAAAAAUUCUACCAAGGACAUUUCUGAAGAAAAUAAUUCCCUAAGUACUCAGUCUAUAAACAUUAGUGAUCUUAAAGUAGAUAAGCUCUAUAUAAGUGAAAAGUGUGGAGAAGAAUUUAGUGGCAACUCAAGCUUUCAUGUUGAUCAGAGAGUUCACAUGGAAGAGAAAUUAAAUCUAUGUAAAGAAUAUGACAGAAGAUUCAGUGAUACUUCAAAAUUUCAUAAUAAUCAGAGGAUCCGUGUAAGAGAGCAAUCCAAUAAAGUUGAAGAGAUGAAAAAUUUUCAUCCAAGUUCAUACCGUCCAGAUGUUCAGAGAGUCCAUACAGGAAAGAAACCCUAUCACUGCAAAGUGUGUGACAAAAGAUUUAAGGAUAAAUCACACUUGCAGAUUCAUCAGAGAGUCCAUACUGGAGAGAAACCCUAUCACUGCAAAGUGUGUGACAAAAGAUUCAGUAUCAAGUCAAACCUUCUUGUCCAUCAGAGAGUCCACACAAAAGAAAAACCCUAUCAAUGUGAUGAAUGUGGGAAAUGUUUUUCUCAACGGUCACAUCUUCAUACUCAUCAGAGAAUCCACACAAAAGAGAAAUCUCAUCAAUGUCAAGUACAUGACAAAAGAUUCAAUUCCAGCUAUAACUUAAACAUUCAUCAGAGACUCUACACAAGAGAAAAACCCUAUCAGUGUGAAUGUGGAAAAUGUUUUGAUCAACUGCCAUAUCUUCAAACUCAUCUGAGAAUUCACAAAGGAGAGAAACCCUUUCAAUAUAUAGAGGGUGAGAAAAGCCUCUGGAACAAUUCAAGCUUACAUGUAAGUCCAAAAAUCCACACAAAACAGAAAUUCUAUCAAUGCAAAGAAUGGGGGGAAAGAUUCAGGGAUAAUUCACACUUACAGAUUCAUCAGGCAGUCCACACAGAAGAGAAACCUUUUCAUUGCAAAGAGUGUGGGAAAAGCUUCAGGUAUAACUCAGGCUUUCAGAUUCAUCAGAAAGUCCACACAGGAGAAAAACCCCAUCACUGCAAAGAGUGUGACAAAAGAUUCAAGGAUAACUCAAGCUUUCAGAUUCAUCAGAGAAUUCAUACAGGAGAGAAACCCUAUCACUGCAAAGUGUGUGACAAAAGAUUCAGUAUCAAGUCAAACCUUCAUGUCCAUCAGAGAGUCCAUACAGGAGAGAAACCUUACCAAUGUGAUGAAUGUGGGAAAUGUUUUUCUCAGAAGUCACAUCUUCAUACUCAUCAGAGAAUCCACAUGAAUGAGAAACCUUAUCAAUGCCAGGUAUGUGACAAAAGAUUCCGUUCCCACUAUAACUUAUACUUUCAUCAUAGACUUCACACAGGAGAGAAACCCUAUCAUUGUUCUAAAUGUGGAAAAUGUUUUGGUCGGCCAUCAACUCUUCAUGCACAUCAGAAAGUACACACAGGAGAGAAACCCUUUCAAUGUAAUGAAUGUGGGAAAUGUUUCAGUCAAAGGGCAUAUCUUCAAGCUCAUCUGAGAAUUCACAAAGGAGAGAAACCCUUUCAACGUAUACAGGGUGAGAAAAGACUCCAGAACAACUCAAGAAAAAUCCCCACAAAAGAAAAACUUUUUCAAUGCAAAGAAUGUGGGGAAAGAUUCAAGAAUGAAUCAAAUUUUCAUGUUCAUCAGAAAAUACACACAGGAGAGAAAUCUUUUCAAUGCAAAGUGUGUGGGAAAACAUUUAGGAAGAACUCAGCCUUGCAGAGUCAUCAGAAAGUCCACACAGAAGAAAAACCUUUUCAGUGCAAAGAAUGUGGGAGACAAUUCAAGAAUGAAUCAAAUCUUCAUGUUCAUCAGAAAGCACACAAAGGAGAGAAACCUUAUCACUGCGAAGAAUGUGACAAAAGCUUCAGGUAUAACUCAAUUUUGCAGAUUCAUCAGAGAGUCCAUACAGGAGAGAAACCCUAUCACUGCAAAGAGUGUGACAAAAGAUUCAAGGAUAACUCAAAUUUGCAGAUUCAUCAAAGAGUCCAUACAGGAGAGAAACCCUAUCACUGCAAAGUGUGUGACAAAAAAUUCAGUAUCAAAUCAAACCUUCAGGUCCAUCAGAGAAUCCAUACAGGAGAGAAACCUUAUCAAUGUGAUGAAUGUGGGAAAUGUUUUUCUCAGAAGUCACAUCUUCAUACUCAUCAAAGACUCCACAAUAGAAUUCGAAGCCUAUAA